GAGUUAGCAUAUUAAGCCAACCGAUUUCCGUAGCUAAGGGUAAACGGUUUUCUGCUUGUAAACUAUAAAAUUUAUUCGAGAAGGCGUUCAGACAAUCCAUAAUCCUAUGUUGUUUGAGCGCUGACCCUUGACGCUCUCUGACACCAGUUCAGCUCCGCCCACAGAUUCGCGUCACACUGUUUGGCUCUCAGAUAUCCAUGGAUACUGUCAACAUUUCACUGGGUGCAUACCUUAAUAAACUUCUGUGAAACUAUUCAGAGUGAGCCUAAACAUCCCUAUUUGAUUUUAGAAGGGAAACUGUGACUUGGGACCAGGGUAAUAUGUGCUGCAAAAAUGGACAAGAAACUGCAGGUAAAUGUAGAGAUAAAAUGUUCCCAUAAAUAUCUGGGCAAUACACAUGUGAUAUGGAAGAUCAAAGGAACAUCUGCCAGCCAGAUGCUGAGUCUGCAAUGACGGAUUCAGAAGUUGAAGCACUCUUCACUUAUUUUGAUUGUCAGAUGGAGCAAGAGUAUUUUCAAACACUGGAAUCUUCUCCACAUCUCUGUCAUGGGCAUCCAGGCCUGCUGAGAUAUAAAAGAGAGUCUCAGGAGAAAACGUACAGUCCUCAGCCCCAAUCUCUGAAGGACUCACCAGUAUGCUGUCAGUUCUGUGGUUUAAAAGCUUGGCCUCCUCUGGAUCUGGUUUAUGCAGAGAUGCAAGAGGGCUUUUGCUGUGACAAGUACAAAGAGUUGUUUGACUUUGUGGUUCAUGAGAAACAAAUGGCUGUGAAACAUUUUGAGGGAAGGCCAAGCGGACCUGCUCAGCUAGAUGACCUCUUUACCAAUGAGGAUGAAGAGCUUCAAGUUAAAGGACUAGAAAGAGGAAAAAACAGACAUCAACAGAGAGAGGUGGAAAGAUAUGAUAGAGAUCAUUACUCCAAAUUUAUGGCUACAAAAAACAAUACCACACCGGUGUCCCAUACCAAGACUGUCAUCAGUUUCCAGCUCUCUAACUGUGCACCCAAAGAGAAUGUGUGGAGUGUUGACGACUACACGUAUAAGCAGAGAAGCUCUGGCCAGUGGGCGAACAAUGAGCCUUCUACACUGGGGUCAUUUGAGUUUGGUUUAACCCAUCAUCAGAAUAGUUCAAGAUUCCAGGAGAAAAACUAUUCUAACGGCACUAAAUUUCUUACUGUGUUACCAGAUGGUUCUUCACAAGUUUUCUAUCCUUCAGGAAACCUGGCAAUCAUCAUUCUCAAAAGUGAAAAGGAAAGUGUUUGUAUCAUACAUGAUGAUAUCGUAAGUCCCGUUUGUCCAGUCAGAGCCCUUUUUCAGUCCGAUGGCAGAGCCACUUGUUACCAUGGCAACGGCAACAUAUGGUUGAGUAUGGAUGUUUGGGGUGGGCAGAGUCUUGAUGAGAAAGGGAGAAAGGUCCGAACAUGGAGUUGGACAGAUCAUGAUCAAACCCUGACAGUCCUGAGACCGAUCUUUAUGUCACUCAACAGAAACAUAGGUGUUCGCGUUCUUGGGAAACACUUGGUGUUUGUCUCUUUUCUUGCCUUGGGACAACAAGCCAGGUUUAGGGUAGGCAGCUCGUGCACAAAACAUAUCGCACCUCCUCAACCAUUCAUGUGCAAAGAAGAACUAAUGCUUCUCGCAUGCAGAAUUGCCCUGUACAUGGCUUUGACACGGAUGCAGCAGUGUCAGGCCUUCCCAACCAGCUCCACACACCUGCAGGUCAGACCCCCACCCUUCCUCCACUCACUGGUCCGUAGGCUGAGGAGCCUGAGCCAUAGAGUGCAGAUGGAUGAAACAGAGAAGACCUUUAUCAAGCACUGUCUGCAAUCAUGUGCAUAAACUCAUAAUAUCAUGAGCACUAUAUAUGCUACGCUAACCAUUAACUUUUGAGUUUACUAUCAAAAGUAAUUAUAAAAUGCAGUUAAGCCUAUCUUCACAAUCAGACAUUAAGUGUAGGCCUGAACUAGUUUCUUUGAGAAUUGCUGUUGUUUAAUAUAGACCAAUAGGAAUCUGACCCAAGUUAAAGGAACUGGCCAUAAGGAUUUAUCGUUUAGCCGUUUAUUACUUGUAAUCUGACAAUUUUACAUGCAGUGUUGACAUUACAAGUAUUGCUUUUGUUUUAAUUAUAGAUAAACAAAGUGUGAUGCAAAGAUGGAAAAUAUUUCAGUAUUCAUUUCAAUGUAAAAAAAUCUCUAAAUAGGAAGGCAUGUGAAUUCUUGUGCAUUUGAAUAAAUCAAAUGAACUAUUCAGUGAAAUUUCGACUUCAGUAGAUAUACUUACUUUAAAAUAUGCCAAAUAAGAAGAAUUUUAAAGACUACAAAUCCACGAUAAGAUUCUUAGAUGUAAGGAUAAGAUUAGACUUUUCACCUGAAGUGAUCUGUGUAAGAACAGACUAAACCUGGUUCAAAACUAGGCUACUGAUGUUCCAUAACCAAAGGAUGAACUAGUUGUAUAUUUAGUACAA